AUGGGCCCCUUUGCGGGAUUCGCCCUCCUCGCGAGCAUCGUCACCAUGUCAAUCGCCGCGUCGCUCGAGGCGCACUGGAACAACGUCGGGUUCCCCAACAAGAGCUACCGUGACCGCGAGCGCAUCCUCCUCGCAGCAGGAAUUUGGGGCAUCCUCAUCUCAGCCUACUCCCUCUUCGGCACUAUCUUUGCGCCCGGAUCCACUGCUUUCGGCAUCUUCCCUCACCUGAUUGCGUUCACCAUCGCCUUCAUCCUCUACCUCGUCGGCGCAUCCUCCCUCACUGCCUUGACCGACAAGGUCACUUGCUCGAACGCCGCCGAGACGUUCAGUCGCUGCAAUACGACCAAGGCGCUCGUAGCCUUUGGAUGGAUCGGAACCAUCUACGUUUUCCUCAUCCUGGUCUUUGUCUCGAUCCUCGGCAUCAAGGCCCGCAGCGGCGUCGGCGCUCGCAAGGGCGCUCUCACCGACGCCUAA